CUGCUGCUGCCCGCCGCACCGCGUAGCUCCGCUCCGGCGGGGGCUCGGCGCGCGCCUCGCGCGUGAGCGGCACCGCGAGGGGAGAGCGGAGGGGAACGCCGCGCGCGCGCUCAGCCGCCCUUCCUCCCGGGUCGCCUUGGAAACGGCGCGCGGCGCGAAGAGGGGGAGGAGGAGGAGGAGGUUUAAAGGGGGCGCGCGCGCGUGUGCUCGCCCCGCGUCACGUGGGCGCCGCCGAACCAAUGGGCGACGGCGGACGGCGGGCGCCGUAGUACUACGGCCCGGGGAAGGCGAGGCGCGAGAGCGCGGGGCGGGGCGGCGGCGGCGUCCUCCCCUCAGGGGCGGCGGCCCCGCCCCCUCCGCUGGGUCCCCGCAGGGCGGGAGGCGCCGCGCGGUCGCUGUCCGCGGGCAGACAGCGGCAUUACAUAACCGCGUACGGAGAGCGGCCGCGGUUACGCGAUGCAGAUGAGCGGCGGCGUCGAUUCGGCAGAUCGCCCUGCGCGCGUGUGAGGGGCAGCGCGGCCGUGCGGUAAGCGGGGCUGCGCACAGCGAGCUGCGGGCCACAACCGCGGGAUGCGUCCCAGAGCGCUGCCUUACCUCCGCCUCACGUUCCUACGGCUCCUCCGUGUCCUCGCGAGGAGGUUUUGGACCGUGAGCUUGGCUGCAAACGUGCCGUCACGUAUCUCGAGGCGUUCCUUACCGAGAUCCUCGUUUGCUGCUGGGUUUUCUUCUGGUGCCUCACCGCUGUGCUGACAUCAGUUGCAGCCCUCGUGUAAUAAGGGUGCCGUUUUAGAAGAAUAGCUUCUGCCCAAGAAUUAGAAUUGUUGGAAUAAUAUGCGAACAGAUCAUGAAGAACUCUGUGGCACCAGUUAUGGAUCUUUUUGUCUAAAUGGAGGCAUUUGCUAUAUGAUUCCUACUAUACCCAGUCCAUUCUGCAGGUGUAUUGAGAAUUACACAGGAGCACGCUGUGAAGAAGUUUUGCUGCCCAGCAUCAAGUCUCAAACAAAAGGUGACCUGUUUGCAGUUCUCUUGGCUUCACUUCUCCUUCUCGGAGUUCUUUUAAUUGGAACAUUCUACUUCCUUUGCAGGAAAGCCACCAUUGCAAGGACAGGUUCGUCAGAGUGUGGUGCCCACCUGGUUGAGACUACAAGCAGCAAUGGCUGCAACAGGUUAUGUUACUCGAGCAAAGAGAAGUCAAGUGACAUGGUCUGCCUCUCUUUCUCCCCUGAUGACACAAAGAGAAUGGCUGGGUACUGAGAAGCAUAGAAAACAUGAAUUGAACAGUCCUACUUUCAUCUCAUUUCUACCACUGGAGGUUGUGACUAGGAAAAACAAUAUGUAUUUAUACAGCAGCACAUCACCUAGCAGCUCACUACGUGGGAUCUAUCAUGUUGUACUGAAGAAAAAGCUUGAGAAAAUUUCAGGAAGUGAAAGAGAAGAAAAUGCAGAACGCAGAUUUCUCAUCUCUGAAAUAAGGGAAAAAAAGAUGUGUAAAAGCGAAGGUGGAAAGGAAAAUGUGAAUAAGAGCCAGUUCCUGGGGCGUGUACUACAUGCUCUGGCAUCAGAAAAGAUAGUGUGUAUUUUACACACAUGUCGAUGCAAA